UGAAGCACCGCGGUGACACAUAACAGAAAAGGAAAAAUCGGGGUUAGUAGUGGGAACAGUCGGCUGCUGUGCGGACACGGGGGACGUAUCAUAGCAUAAUCUCUGCAGAACAAAACAUAGUCAUGUUGCUUCGUAAAGUGACUCAGUCUUCGGCACUGUGUGGCACCAUUCUCAGGAUUCCUCCCGUGUUGUCUGGAGGUCAGUCCAGGGCUGUGAUAUCCGUGCAAAACUCCCGUCUCUACGCAAGCCAAGCCGCACAGGCGGUGUUGGAGAAGCCAGCAGCAGUUGGCACCGAUGCUGCCACUAAAGCAGAAAAGAAGACAGUUGCUGAAGAAUCCAAAUCAUUUGCCGUCAACAUUUUCAAAGGGCAGAUCGCGACUGCCCAGGUGUUUCCCUACCCCUCAGCCCUCAAUGAGGAGCAGGAGCAGUUCCUUCGAGAGCUUGUGGGGCCUGUCACCAAAUUCUUUCAGGAGGUGAAUGAUCCUGCCAAGAACGAUGCCCUGGAGAAGGUGGAGGACCACACCAUGGAGGGCCUGAAGGAGAUGGGUGCCUUCGGCCUCCAGGUUCCAGCUGACCUGGGCGGCCUCGGCCUCUCAAACACGCAGUAUGCCCGGUUGGUUGAGAUCGUUGGCGGUAAUGACCUGGGCGUCGGUAUCACUCUGGGUGCUCACCAGUCCAUUGGCUUCAAGGGCAUUCUGCUUUUUGGGAAUAAAGCCCAGAAGGAGAAGUACCUGCCCAAACUCGCCACAGGUGAGUUUAUAGCUGCCUUCUGUCUGACUGAACCAGCCAGUGGCUCUGAUGCUGCCUCCAUCAAGACCACAGCUGUUCAGUCCCCCUGUGGACAGUAUUUCACUCUCAGCGGAGGCAAGAUCUGGAUCAGCAAUGGAGGCCUGGCUGAGAUCUUCACAGUGUUUGCCAAGACACCCAUGAAGGAUCCCAAGACUGGGGAGAUGAAGGACAAGAUCACAGCCUUCAUUGUGGAGAGGAGCUUUGGAGGAGUGACACACGGCCCUCCAGAGAAGAAGAUGGGCAUCAAGGCAUCCAACACGGCCGAGGUCUAUUUUGACAACGUUCGCGUGCCAGCCGACUGCGUCCUUGGCGAGGUGGGCGGAGGCUUCAAGGUAGCCAUGAACAUCCUGAACAACGGGCGCUUUGGCAUGGCGGCCGCCCUCUCCGGCACCAUGAAGGGAGUCAUCAGUAAAGCUGUGGAUCAUGCAGCCAACAGAACCCAGUUUGGGAGCAAGAUCCACAACUACGGCGUCAUCCAGGAGAAGAUAGCACGUAUGGCCAUGCUGCAGUAUGUCACCGAGUCAAUGGCCUACAUGAUCAGUGCCAACAUGGACAGUGGAGCGACUGAAUUCCAGAUAGAGGCUGCCAUCAGCAAAAUCUUUGCCUCUGAAGCUGCAUGGACUGUGACUGACGAAAGCAUUCAGGUUAUGGGUGGCAUGGGUUUCAUGAAGGACUCUGGAGUGGAGAGAGUGAUGAGGGAUCUGAGAAUUUUCCGAAUCUUUGAGGGCACCAACGACAUCCUGAGGCUCUUUGUGGCCCUCAAUGGAUUCCAGAACGCCGGUAACCAGUUGAAGGGUUUGCAGAAGGCCCUGAAGAGCCCGCUCAGCAAUGCCGGGCUGCUCGCAGGAGAAAUCACCAAGAGAGCCAAGAGGAAGGCAGGUUUGGGCACAGGGCUGACACUGCAGGGAACUGUUCAUCCUGAGCUGGCACAGAGCGGCGAACUGGCAGUGAAAGCCAUCGAACAGUUCGGCACCGUCAUUGAGGACCUGCUUAUUAAACAUGGCAAGAAGAUCAUCGAGGAACAGUUUGUCCUGUGGAGAGUUGCAGACUGUGCCAUUGACAUCUACUCCAUGGUGGUUGUUCUGUCCAGGGCCUCGCGCUCUCUGAGUCAGGGCCAUUCCUCAGCUCAGCAUGAAAAGAUACUGUGUGAGACCUGGUGCAUGGAGGCCUAUGAGAGGAUCACACGCAACAUCAAGGGCCUGCAGUCCAGCGAUUCCAGGCGCCUCUUCAAGAACCUGCGGUCCAUCUCUACAGCCAUGGUGGAGAAUGGAGGAGUGGUUUCUCCCCACCCUCUGGGUUUCUAAAUGUACCACACUCCUUUUUUUUCCCCCUCAAUCUCAUACCAGGUUUUAGAUUUCAUCUACUUUACUGUCAUCAUUGCUCCAUCAUACAUCAGUGGUACAUGGUAAAUUGGCUGCAUUUAUAUAGCGCUUUUAUCCAAAGCACUUUUUGCAAUUUGCCUCUUGUUCGUCCAUCGACACACAGACUCACACACAGAAGGCAGCAAGCUGCUGAUCUGCCUAUCAGGAGCAACUUUAGGUUCAGUCUCUUAUCUAAAGACAUGACAUGUAGACGGGAGGAGCUGGUGGUUGAACAACGUAACCGACCCACUCUGCCUCCUGAGCAGUGGCUUUUAAUCCGCCCUGUAUGAUUAAGCAUUUGCGUAGUGAGUUGCAGAAUUGUAGAAUUUCUGCAAAUCAUUCAGCUGCACUACCACUGAACAGCUGAAUGUCUUGAGCGUGCGUGGCGGUUUAAAUGCACCAUGUACUGUAGCUGAUUGAGAGAUCUCAUUAUUUAAUCUGGUUUUGUUUCUGUCUAACUAAACAUAAAUACAACAACUUCAAUGCAACUAGAUAAGAGGCCAGUUAACAGAAGAAGUUUUGAAUAAAUCAGUUUCAAGCGAUUUAAUUUAUACACCAAGGUGUUUUAAAGGACAGAUUUUGCUCUUGAAUUUGUACACUUACCUACGUUGUGUUCAGAUGUGUGUAUGUGUAUAUAUAUAUAUAUAUAUAAAUAAUGGUGUGGCAAUUAUGUACUUCAAUGCCUUUCUGCAUGUUUAAGCUCACUCGGUGCUCAUCACAUUAACGUUAACAUCAGGAGCAAAGCCUUUGCCUUACAAACCGGUUCACAGAUGCUGUUAGCAAUUCCUGUUGUGACUUGAGACAAACACAAAAUGUGUAGAUCGACUGUUCUUUGCUAACAGCCGUCACAUUAGUUUAGAAAGUGAGAGUGUGUCAUUUCUCUGCUAAAGGUAGCAGGCAUCAUGAAAGGUGCUGGUAGAACAUCUUUGUAGUUGGACCUGGUGUUGAAAUUUAUGACUGAGGUUCAUGUCCAGCAUCCAUCAAACUUCAGAGAGCUGCACAUCUCGCCUUCUCAUAGUUUGUGUUGUGACAAACAGACAUGCCACCUCAGCUGUUUUGGUGGAGUGUUUGUGCAGAUCUACUUUUAGUUUUGUGGUUUAACAACACAUUUUUAAUGGGAUUAAUAAAUAAACUACCUGUUUA